AGAGAGCACUUCAACAUUUCAUGCAAUUUCAGUUCUUACGAAUAUUGGUAAAAAUUUAUAAAUCGCUGUUUUAAAAACUUAAUUAAAGUGCUGCUGCCGCGCAACUGACCGUGUUCGCACCGAAAUUCGUGUCGCGUUACUCUGUUCGUGCGGUUCUUGCUGGAUUAUCAACAAAUGUCAAAAUUUCAAUUUCGUCAAGGCGAAUAAAAAUCGUAUAUGAACACAUAUAUACCUGCGUCUGUGUGUGUUUACCACCCGGUUUGUGUGUGUGUGUGUGCGUGUGUGUGAAGAUCACUUAGCGGCGUGCGUGUGUGUGAGUGCGAGUCUCUGGGCAAAUAAAAAACACAUUUUUUUAAUAUUUAACUAAUAUUUCGCACAAAAGCCGACCACGGCAACAUUGGCAUUGGAGUACACCGGAAAAAAAUUGGUGCAAUUAACGGUGAACCAAAGGUGUCACAUAACCGGAAUAUCAGAGGAAUACGGAGUAACGCGUGGAAAUCCAGCUACAUGUCCCUCUCACGCCAGCUGAAGCGGCAGAAAAUGUCCCAGGGGAAGAAGUUCGGCGACGGCGAUCCCUUCAACUACCAGGAGCUGAACAUCAUCGGCGAAGGUGCCUAUGGAACGGUCUACAGAGCCCGGGAUGUGAUCACCGGGAACAUUGUGGCGCUGAAGAAGGUGCGCAUAUCGCUGAACGAGAAUGGAGUGCCCAUGUCCACACUGCGCGAAAUCUCGCUGCUGAAGCAGCUGAAUGCCAGCAAUCAUGCGAAUAUUGUCAAACUGUACGAAGUAUGCCAGUUCCUGGAGCGCGACGGCCAACUGCUGAUUCUGCUGGUGUUCGAGCAUGUGGAGCAGGAUCUCUCGGAUCUGAUAGAUAGGCUGCCCAAGUCGGGCAUGUCGCCGCCCACAAUUCAGCGCCUUUCGAGGGAACUGCUGACCGGUGUGGACUUCUUACACUCACACCGCAUCAUCCACCGGGAUCUGAAGCCGCAGAACCUGCUGGUCUCCUCGCAGGGCCACCUUAAGAUCGCCGACUUUGGCCUGGCCAAGACGUACGGAUCGGAGAUGAAGCUCACCUCCGUGGUGGUCACCUUGUGGUACCGCGCACCCGAAGUCCUCCUCGCCCAGCCCUACAACAGCACCGUGGACAUCUGGAGUGCCGCCUGCAUCAUCUUCGAGAUGUUCAACCGGCGCGCUCUGUUCCCUGGCACCUCCGAGAAGAAUCAGCUGGACCGCAUCUUCGAACUCACUGGCAGACCCACCGAACAGCAGUGGCCGCAGACCAUUUCCGUUGCCCUGGAACACUUUCCCCAGCGGCAUCCAAAGAGACCUAAAGACUUUUGCCCACAGCUCUGCAAGUACGCCGAUGAUCUGCUGAAUAAAAUGCUUUCCUACGACCUCCAUCUGCGACCAUCCGCCUUGGCCUGCUUGGAGCACGACUACUUCCAGCAGGAGCCCCUAUAGUCCUGCAGCCCAGAAGGAUAAUGGAUAGUGGAUAGUGAUGGAGAGUGGAAGUGGACUGAUCAUUGCGGCCGCGCUUCGUUCUUGUUACAAUGUUCCUUUAAGUGCAGUGAAGCACUUUGUUUAUUUUUUCGCGACAGUCCAGUUAUUGUGUCCGGAUACGGUUACGGAUACGGAUAUCCGGUUACGGAUAUACGAAGUAAACAAUACCUUAAUAUGUUUGUAGUCGUAAGCUAAGUGUAAAAAUCAUUGUCGCGUCGUGUGAAUUCUACUGCCGAUCAACUAACUGCCGAUGACCAUUACAUGUGAAGCGAUUCUCGAGGGCGUUUUGGGGCCCUCCAAAUCGAAAUGUGAUACACAAAGUUCAGGAAUGCAUUAUACAAUUUCAAAAUUUUGUACAACAACAAUCAUUUAUAUAUGCAAUUAUAUAUACAGCAUACAAUUUGAGUGCUCUCA